AUGAUGUUCAACGAGGAAUAUCUCGUCCUAUUCUUCGCCCUUCUUCCUGUGUGCAGCGGCGCCACGGCGACGAUACCGAUCAAGCGCACAACCAUUCGCUUCAAAUUCGACGGCUGGCAACUGUAUAACAAACAUGCCGGCGCCUUCCAACAACCCGAGCCCUUCACGGCAUCCAUCGAUCUGAGCUGGUCAGACAUGUUCGUCCCGUCUGCCGAGUGUCUGCAAGACCCUGCUACGGCGCCGCACUGCCAGCGACACAACAAGUACAACUCAUCGCUCUCCACCACUUACCACCCAAACAAGACUGUCACCAAGCUCAUGUAUGAAGGCCUUUCGACAUCAGGCCAUUUGUCGCAAGAUGUUUUGAGAGUUGGGGGUCUGGAUAUCCUUGACCAGCAAUUCGAGGAAGCGACCUUCUGGCGGACCAUGUACUUGAACGCAGCGCCCCUGGACAGCGCACUGGGCCUUGCACGGCUCCAAAGUCGCACCCCAGAAUCGAACGCCAGUACGAAGAGCGCCCUGCGGAGCAUGCUGGAUCAGAAGGUGCUCAGCCGCCCCGUGUUCUCGCUUAGGCUUCCCCGUCGCGAUCAUGAAAGCAGCGACCUGGCGUUGGGGUACUUUCCCUCAGAAGUUCUAGCACAGAGUGCGAUCAUCCUUCCUCUGAUCGAGGCCACACCUCCAAAGGAACUCAGCCAAGUAUCGUACUACAUCUCGAGUGGAUACACCGUCGAGCUGGAAUCGAUAACCAUCCAGUCUUCUCCCGGGAACAACCCCAGUGGCAGGGAACCGUCCACAUACAAAGCUGUCUUCACCAACUCUUACGAUUACAUCUCGCUCCCAGGCACACUGCUCACCGAGAUUCAAACCAAUCUACACCCGAAUCUAGGAAUGGAUGAUCUGCUCGCGGACCUGGACUGUUCGAUGCGGGACGAACUGCCGAAUAUUGUGUUCUCGUUCAGCAAGGACGUAGUGAUCGUGUUGACACCAUGGGACUACUUGAUGGAGGUCCGAGAUAUUGAGAAGGGGAUGCGCUGCGUGCUUCCGUUUGCCUACUUACAGCAAGCCGACGACGAAUGGGUGGUGCUGGGUUCCGCGUUCAUGCAAGGCGUGUAUAGCGCAUUUGAUUUGGAGAAUGGUGAAGUGUCGCUGGCAGUGUUGAGGGAAUAG